AAGUUUCUGUAGGUAAACUGAAUCAUAUUUGCAGUCUGGCAUUAUUUCCUUCCAGAAAAAGAUGGAAACAUAUGUGAAAAACAACACCAUUCACUGAACGCGCUACGUAUGGUAUUGAAAAAAAAUAAAAAUAAGGAAGAUUUUAGCAAAUCACUCAUAACAGAGAAAAGAAAUUGUGUUUAAAGUCGAAUGAAAAACUAAAAAUUUAGAAAUUGCGCAUUCUUAUAUAUGCUAACAAUUCGAGAAAAAAUUAAAAAGAACGCACAUCACUACAUAAACACUCUGAGAAGAAUGAAACCAAAACAAAAAUAAGGCACGAAAAAAGAGACGAAUAACAAAUUUUGUAGACGUACAAAUAUCAAUACUUCAGCAGAAGCUUGGGGGUCUCAAAUUCUUAUAACAAAUCCCGCCAACAUUGUGAACAAAUGGUGAAAGUCCGGUUUUCCAAGUAGUCGAUACAUUUUUAUGAAAGCACGGCACAAUUAACAUAUCACAAUGUCGGAGGAUAUUUCAGGCGAACUCCGUAAAUUGGAAAUAACUUCAGCAGAUAUAGCUCAUUUGGCCACACAUGAUCUUCUAGAUACUACACAUAUACCGCUAAGGUUAAAUCCAUUUUAUGAAGGUGAUAUUGAAACCAAGGAAUUGAAAGAAAAAGAAAAGCAGUUGGUUUCAAUAUCGGUACAAAAACUACACAAAAAUCAAGGUUGCAGACGUUGUAGGCUGCGACGUCGUUCCGAGAGUGUCGCUGAAUCACUCGGCUCGGCUACUACGGUUCUGUCGAUAGAAGAUCCAGAUAUAUCCAGCAGUUCUCACGGCACAUUACGAGUUCAAAAGCAGUCUCUAAAGAAACGCAGGGUUAUUUUGCGCCCACCGGUGUUGCGUAAGCUCCAAAAUCUACAUAUGCUAAUCCAGUUAUCGCCUAAAGAAGAAACGGAUCAAAGUUCUUCAUAUGCUGUAAGAAACAUUUAUAUAUCACCUUGUACCAGCAAAGAAACAACGUCCACAAGUGCAAAACGAGGAAUUUCCGAUUUUCGUGAUUUAAUGCACGAAUGCCAAAAUUUACUGAAUUUGGAGAAGGAUGUAAAAGGACGAUUUGGGUUAGUUAGCCCCCAGCAGCGAUUGUCAAAGAAUUUUACAACUAUGCAGCCUAAUAUACCACCAAGAAGUUUAUUUAGUAACAAAGAGAGAAGUAAAUUUCGGCAGAAUGACAUACAAUCUACUUCUCCGGAUAGAAAUACAGGGUCUGGCGCACGUUCCACUACUAGUACAUCAUGCUCCCAACAAGCCGGUAACAGUGCCACCGCAGUACAUAAUAGCAACGGCAAUGGCGAUGAUGUCACUAUUGACGAACUUGCUUGCUAUUUUGACACAUUUGUUCAUAUACCGAAAAAGAUGUCUACAAUGGCUGAAAUGAUGUACAUAUGAACUGGAAGUCGGAGCAGUAAUGGUACGAAUGCGAAUCAUGUGCUUUUUAAUUAUGCUGCCACUGAGCAGCCUCAAUCAUAAGCGAACAAAUAUUAGUUGGUAUAGCUGAAAAUGAGUGAAUCCAAGAUUUUAUCGGCGCAUUCACGCGGUAUAGAUAGCAUUGUGUGAAAAUAACUACUCUAUGUAUUUUCUCUCCUUUUUUUAAAUUAAUACGGCUAUAAAUUAUGUACACUUGAAUUUAUAUUAUAUUAUAUAUGUAUGUAAUUACAAAUGAAUUAUGCUUUGUAUUAAUUGUAGCUAUAAUAUAUGUAUGCAUGUAGCUUAAAAUAAAUUAAACUAUGCAACAUGAUAUGCCUGUGAUUAGCAUGGCAUACUUUGUUAGUUUUGUUAAUAUGAUU